AUGCCUUCUGAAUGGAACAGCGGCACAAUCAUCGCUGGAACAAUUGGUUACUCUUCAAUUAUCGAUCAGCUCGCAAAGGAAGGCAAAAUCGACGUCUCCGUCAUCAAUGGCACCUGGGAAGCCUACACUUCGACGAUUGCUUCUGAUCCAAUGCCUGGAGUUACUCAAGCACUGGUCGUUGCUGGAUCGGACCGGAGAGGUACCAUCUAUGGCCUUUACAGCAUUUCAGAGCAGAUAGGUGUGUCACCCUGGUACUGGUUCGCAGAUUCUCUGCCUCAGAAGCACGAUGCAAUAUAUGCGAGUGAUGUCACCGUCGUCCAGACUUCGCCAUCUGUGAAGUAUCGCGGCUUCUUUCUGAACGAUGAAGCUCCGGCACUUACUGGCUACAUCGAUGCCAAAUAUUCCCGAGGAGAAUAUGGCCCUGGCUAUGGCGCCGACUUCUACCACUCGGUCUUUGAGCUUCUUCUUAGGCUAAGAGCAAAUUACCUUUGGCCAGCACAAUGGGAUAGCAUGUUCAAUGUGGACGAUCCACGCAACCAGGCUUUGGCAGACGAAUACGGCAUUGUUAUGGGCACUAGUCAUACCGAGCCGAUGAUGCGUGCUACGAAAGAAUGGGGGGUGUUUGGACAUGGGCCCUGGCAGUGGAACACGAAUAACGAAUCGAUCUAUCCAUUCUUUGUCGAAGGUGCCGAACGCUCCAAACCAUAUGAAGGGAUCAUUACCAUGGGCAUGCGAGGCUAUGGAGACACUGCGUUGACCGCGGAUAACGAGAUUGCAGUAUUGGAAAAUGUUGUCGCUGCUCAGACGGAGAUCCUGGCAAGGAUAUGGGGCAAUGAUUCCGUUCAAAAUCCUGACAUUGUCCCACAAGUGUGGUGCUUGUACAAUGAAGUGCAAGGAUACUACGAGGACGGCAUGACAGUGCCCGACUGGAUCACCUUGCUUUGGGCGGAUGACAAUUGGGGUAACAAUCGACGACUCCCAUUACAGAACGAGACCGGCAGAUCAGGUGGUGCAGGCGUGUACUAUCACUUUGACUCUGUCGGCGCUCCUCGAGCCUACAAAUGGAUCAAUACCAUACAGCUUCAGAAGACAUGGGAGCAAAUGCAUCUUGCUUACGAGCGCCAGGCUCGGCGUAUCUGGAUCGUGAAUGUCGGCGAUCUCAAGCCGCUCGAGCUUCCCAUCAGUCACUUCUUCGAUCUGGCCUACAAUAUAAGCUUGUGGGACAAGAAUAGUGUGCCGAAAUGGCUUGAGUUGUGGGCUGCACGGGAAUUCGGUCAGGAUGUGGCCCAGAGUACCGCACAACUUAUGACCAAUUACUCUAUGGCUGCAGGGCGUCGGAAGUACGAGGUGGUCGACCCAAGCAUCUACAGCGUCUUGAACUACAACGAAGCCGAGAGUGUCUUACAGCAAUGGAAGGAAAUGCAGACUUCAGCUAAAGCCAUUAUGGACUCGUUACCGGUUGAGGCUCAGGCUUCAUUUUUUGAGAUGAUAUAUCACCCUGUUGCUGCUGGCUACGUCUUCCACGACAUCAUGAUCUCAACGGCGAAGAAUAGACUGUAUGCCCAGCAAGGCCGCACCGUGGCCAACAGCGUUGCGAAACAUGUUCAGAACCAAUUCUUAGAGGAUCGCAAGCUCACAGAACAAUACAAUGGUCAAUUGAAUGGGAAAUGGAACCACAUGAUGGACCAGCCGCACAUCGGCUACGAGUACUGGCAGCAACCGAUGCGGCAAGCCUUGCCAGCUCUCCAGUAUAUCAUGCCAUCCGAACGCAGCUUGGUUGGCGACAUGGCCGUUUCGAUACAGGGCAGCAACGCGAGCGUGCCGGGUGAUGACAAGUGGCAUACGCUUUCUUCGAAUACGCUCACGAUGUCACCUUUUGACCCAUAUGGUGUUGGCUAUCAGUGGAUCGAUGUGUACAGCGUCGGUACUAAUGAUGUCGAUUGGAAUAUCACCUCGAACGCGAGCUUCGUUCACAUCUCGACAACAUCUGGCCGCCUCACUAGGGAUGGCGCAGCAGACUCUCGGUUAUGGGUCACAUUCGACUGGGAUGCAUGUCCCGAAGGCAGUGGCUUUGUGCUGCUGAAGAUCUCUUCUGCUCAGAACAACGCCUCUCAAUACCUCUCGCAGACGCAGCACGGAACACAAUAUCCGAUGCCACAACUUCUGCUUCCUUUCACCCAUACUCGGGUUCCAGAAUCAUUCCAAAAUGGCUUCGUAGAAUCCUCGGGCUAUAUUUCAAUCGAGCUAGAACACUACAGCGAAACAACCAACAACAGCGACGUGCACUACGAGAUAUUGCCAGGUGUAAGUCGCACACUCUCUGGCAUCACCCUUUUCCCAGUCACAGCAGACUCGCAAACCACAGGAACCGGACCACAACUAUCCUACAAGCUCUUCACAUUCUCCAACUCCACACCGGGAUCUGUUGUCAACAUCACAAUUGUAACCACGUCUUCUCUCAACAUUGAUCCCGCGCGACCUCUGCGCUAUGCGAUUCAGCUCGAUGAGCAAGAUGUCAAGACUGUUCAGCAUGUGGUUGAUCAGCCAAAAGGUGCUAAGCCCGUGGGAUGGGCUCAAGCUGUGGUGGACCAUGCGUGGAAAUCGACGACGAAAUUCUCGUACAGCGGUGCUGGAGAGCAUUCGCUCAAGCUUUGGGCGCUUGAACCGGGAGUCGUGUUCAAUACUGCUUGGAUUGAUCUGGGAGGGAUCCAGCCAAGUUAUCUGGGACCGCCGGAGAGCUACAGGAUUGCCUGA